CUUAUAUCCAAAACAGCCACUGAUUUAAAAAUCAAUUCUUGACAAUCUGUUGCGUACAAUCAACAGUUUUCUUUAUUGAUCGAACAUGCACAUCCUACUUACAUGGACGUAUGCUGCUUUUAGUCUGCUAGGGUCCAUAACAAACACAGAUGUCACAAGAUAACACUUGUUCAGGCAUACAUUCAAAAUGAUCCUAGCAGCAGUGUUGGUCUCUUUUAUACUUGGAGCGAUGGUCACUCUAGUUACUCAGUGGUUGUUUGCAAGACAGUGGUUUUACAAGCAACCCUGUCUGUUGCCGCCUUACAGGGAACAGCAUCAUAAAAUUGAACUCCCAAAGCCACUGUCACAGAACUUGUCAGAUGGAAAGAAGAGAGGGAGCACCAGAGAUUCAGGAGCACCAUCAGAGACCUCGAGCCCGAGUCUUGACAGAGCUAGUGAUCAGGGUCUCAUUCUCAAUAUUCUGACUCAUUUUCUUUUCAAUGAACUGAAGGACACUGCAAGAGUUAGAAGAUGGAUGGCAAGGAAAUUAAAUGUUGAAUUUGAAGAGAUGCUGACAUCUACAACAGGAAAAUUCAUGAAUCAGAUUCAGGUACGAGACUUCAGUUUUGGUUCCUGUUUCCCAACAGUUAAGGCUGUGGAGCUGAUCAGUGUAGAAAUGGACAAAGAGAAAGAUUUUAUAAAGAAAGCAGACAUAGCCCUUGACAUUGACUACGAGGGUGGUUUCCGACUAACCCUUGAUGUGGACAUCAUAUUUGGGGCGUGGGCUUACCUGUCAAUUCUAGUUACCCAAUUGUCGGGCCGUGCGAGGCUCCAGAUGUCUCGAACCCCUACCACUCAUUGGUCAUUCUCCUUCUACGACGACCCAAGAAUGGAUUUUGAAGUUGAUUCCAGAUUUAAUGGUCGGCCCAUUCCACAGAUUUCUUCAUUGAUUAUAAACCAGAUAAAAAGGACUAUUAGGAAGAAACACGUUUUGCCAAGCUAUAAGAUGAGAUACAAGCCAUUGUUCAUUAAGCCAGAGGUGUCGUUUGUUGAACAUGACAUUUGUUUCCGUGGCAACAGGCUUGGACGAGGCAAAUUAUCCGUUAAAGUACUGAGGUGUAGCCGUCUACAGGAGUUGGAUCGAAACAGUAAACUGUACUGUACUCUGUCUGUUGACAAGGAGUCCAUGGAAGAUGUCUGGAAGCAGAGUUGGAGGGCCCUCACCAUAACCUUGAAGCCUACGACCAACCAUGGACUCUCACUAAAAGAGCAAUUAUCUGGAGACAAGACAGAGAAGAAGAGGGUGGUUAUUGAUAGUGUUUUGCCUGCUAGCCCUGCCGCGGAAGCCGGCCUCUGUAGGGGUGACAUUAUUGAGUUCAUCUGCAAUGUGCGAGUGUUAUCUGUAAAGCAUGCCAACAAGCAGAUAAAGCUUGCCUCCGACCUUCUAACCUUCGCUGUAAAACGACACCAAAGCCGUAUGAGCCUAGAGGCUGACCAGCAGUUCCUUGACUCGGAAUCGCUCACAGAUUUAGAGUUUGAAAUUAAAGAUUCAGACUUAGACAAUAAUGAUGAUGCGGGUGAUUUCAUCAACAUCAAUUUGAAAGAAUCCCCCAAGGUCAGCAACAACAGCAGCAACAGUAACACCAACGCUGUCGACAAUGUCGCCAUGCCAAGCAAACCAGAGUCACAGAAACUCAGUGAAAAAUUGGGAAGGAAAAUUCAAUCUGGCAAGCGUAAACUUCUUGGAAUGCGUGGGAAUGGGCAGAGUCAUGAGGGGGACAGAAAUACUGGAAAUUCUGUGGACAGUAAGGGUGUGGCCAUUGAUGAAGACAUUGGGUCUGGUACGAAUUUUGGAACCAGUCCAUCCGCUGGUGAAAUAAGGAAUGGUUCGCAGAGCGCUAAGUCAUCACCACUCAAACAAGUGAAGGUUGAUAAGCGACAAAGAGCGUUCAGUGAUACAAGUCUGAAUAGGCAAAACCUUGAUGGAGACUCUGGCAGUGUGUCGAGUGAUGCUGGUAGUUAUGGCAACCAUUUACAAGAAUUACGAGCUGGUGAAAUCUCCACUAGAGAGUUGGAAUUUGGCACUGAUCCCGAGUGGAAUGAGGAGUUUGAAUUUGCCUGUACAGAUGAGGAUCGUUACGUGAACGUGUGUGUCUGGUGUCGUUUGCUGCAGGUCGGCAGGGCAACAAAACAACCAAUCGAAAGGAUGAAAGAUCCGGAACUUGUUAAACAGACACCACCAACAGAUGAACUUCCAUACUACAAUGUGACCACAAAAAUAGGAUAUGUUAGUAUCCCCUUAUCUGACAUAGUGGCAGGCUGCCUGCUGACGUUACAAGGUGACACACAGUACACGAUAUAUCUCCAUCCCCCGGAAGAAACCAUCACAGCCACAAGAGCCAAAGUAGCGUAUGCGAGCCAUGCUGGGUUUGACCGCACCAUUUGCCAAGGGGACAUCACACUGUCGUUUGCACACCAACCGUUUAAGGAGGUGGAGAAGAAGGAGAGAAGGAAGAUUAUUAACAAUGUACUUAACCCGCCACCCCAAAGACUGAGGGCCAUGUCUGUCCCACUGGUAUCCAGAGAGGGCCAGCACAAGUUCAUUAUAUGUCAGUUUCCAUCUGGGACAUACUGCCAGUUUUGUGGGAAAAAGAUCUGGCUCAAGGGCGGUCUACAGUGCCGUACUUGUAAGAUGAUCUGCCAUAAGAAGUGUGUGGACAAGUGCAAUACCCAGACCAAAUGUACAAAGGAAGGCCCCAAGAUUGCCAGCAGGCCCAAUGAACCUUGGGUUGCCCCAGUAAGGGGCGGGACUAGCAGUGGGGACCAAGACAGGGAAGAAAAAGAAGGAAAACAAACAGUGGGGCACCGUGGAGGGAAAUUGGCAGGUGGCCAAAGUGCUGCCACAAAGUUCUUCAAGGGGCUGAGACCUAAAGAACAACAAUCAUUGCCACUCAAUAUUCCCUACAGUAAGUCUCAGCAAGGGCAUGUAGGGUCAAGCCAGAGUCACAGCCCCAUGGGGAGCCCCAGCCCCUACUCCAUGGGUGGGGACGGAGGGGACGGAAAACUGAAGGUCUCCAGCAUAAGAAAGAACACCUCUGCCAAGUCACUGUCUGACAGGGGCGAGGAUGACUCUGACGAAGACCUGGCCACCCGAUAUCGCCAUUCAAACUACAGUCUGGAUGAUAACAUUGUAAUAGAGGCAAAGGAAAAGGGGAAGGAACUUUACUCGAAUCUCUCACUUCCUGAACGCAAGAAAACACUUGACGAAAUGGUGACGAAGCUGCAAUCUCAGAUUGACAAUGAUUCCGAGUUCAAGGCGGAGCUGCUUAAAGCGCUGGAUGAGAGCGGUGAAACUGAGGUGAAAAGGAGGCUGUCUCAGCAGCUUGACAAAUGUGACGAGAAAAUGGAGGCUCUCAUGAUGAUGAUGGUCCAUUACUGUGCGGGGCUACAGCAUUGUCUGGACCAGGAAGAGGCGCACAAGAGGUUGCUCAGCAUGACAGAUGAGACUGUGGCGGAGGACGAGAUAGACGAAUCUGAGGAGAGUCUAGCCAGCCCCAUGGCCCCUACAGAUGGAGGGAUUGAGAUAGUGGAGGAGGGGGAAACGCUGACUAUUUCCCCUAGUGCGGAGGUAUCUGCUUCCCCUGGGCCAGGGCUGUCUGCUCCCCCAAGAGUGGGACCUGAUGCCGAAGAUAUGGGUAUACAGUUCAUGAUCACUGAAACUGACUGAUACAUGAUAUCAUGUCAUGUUGGGACUCCCCAAGGAUGGGGCUGUCAACAUUCCCAAAGAUAGGGACUGAUGCCAAAGUACUACACAAUUAAUAUAGUAUACACUUAUUCACAACUGAAACUGACAAAUGGCCUACCAUGGCGUAAUUCUGUUUGUCUGUGGCUGGGCAACGAGACAGGGUUACGGACAUUUUUUGCGUUGUGUUCAAAUUUAAUUUAUAUUAGUCAAAUUUAAAUUACCGGGUAUGUGUUUUUACAUAAAAAGAACAAAAAUAUUCUCUUUCAAGUCUAUUUAUUUAUAUUUUUGAGUCUUUUUUAUGCUCAUUUUACAUUUUUGAAUGUUAAUUAAUUGAAUGAUAUUGAAUUUAGUAUCAUGAAAUAUUUUCCUGCCCUUAGUGGUUAUUUGUUCACAAAUAUCACCACAGGUUCUUGGCUGUAUUUUUUUAAACAUUAGUUGCCAAGCAGUAAGAGAAGUAAUUGAGAAACGUCAUCUUACUUAUACAAUGAGGGUUAAUUGAAAUGUAACGAUAAAUGUUGUGUUGAUCAUUAAACAAUGCAUUCCAUAUCCAUUCAGAAUUCAUGCCAUGUUUAGUGAACUCUGUUGAACAAAUUCAUCUGUAGCUACUUAAUGUGCAAUGCUAUAACAUUUUUGUUAGAAGUGAAAAUUCUAAUUUGGGCAAUCAUACGAACAUAUCUGUCUUGACCUACUAGGAUUUUACUUCAGAUAAUUGUUAAGUAUUCAAUGUUAUGUAUACUCCCUUUUUUUGCAAUUUCAUUAUUUAUUGUAUGCAGCACUUUAUAUAUUUUCUCAUUCUAGAUAUUGUACAUUUGUGUAAAAAGAGUCUUUCUAAACGAACAAAAUAUUUGAGUUGAGCCAUUGAAGAAAAUGUUUGAAAAGCUGUGAUUAUUAUUGUAUAAUGUUACUCUUACUGAAUAGAGACUAUUUCUACGCUUGCACCAUUAAGUUGCUGCCAGUGAUAUUAAUAUAUGUGUCCAUUGUGAAGACUCUGCUGUUGAAAUCACUGAGUACUCAUAUUAUAGAUAUUGGAAAUGGGACCAGAAUUAUUCUCAUUUUACAAUUUACCUAAAAAAAGAAUUUAAGUGCAACUAUUUACAACAGUUAGAUUAAAUGAAAUGUUAAUUGUUCCUUAUACAAUAGCCCUUUUAAAUGUCUGCAUUUAUGUUUGUUAUUACUUUUAAGCUCAAAAUUUUUUUUGGGUAUUGUCAAUACCUUGGCGUUGUUGUUUGCAGCAUGAAAACACUUUAACCUAAAAUACCCAGUUAAGAUACUCAAAUGAAACUUAGAAAAUGAGGUUGCCAGAGACAUUACACGCAUGUUAAGCAAGGCAAAUAACUCUGGAUUUAGUAAUUGUUGAGUUUUGCCCUUUUUUCGCCUAAAAUAAAUAAAAAUAAAGCAAAUUCUCUUUUUUAUAAGUAAAUAUGGGCUUAGCAAAACUAGCCAUAAUUGUGUAAUGGCCGUUUAUCUUUGACUUAGAAAGUAUGGUUUUGUUUGGCAUGUAAGCACAAAUAAGUCAAACACUCUGCAACUAUUUCAUGUAUUGCACUGAAGUUUAUACAACCAAGUAUGAUAACUCUAUCUUACUUAUAUGUUUGUCCCUUUAUUUUUUUACUGGUUUAAGUUUGCAUGUAAUCUAAUUUAAAAGUGAUCCAUGCAUGUUUUACCAAAACUUUGCAAUCCUUAAGGAUUCCAUUAUGAAGACUCCAUUGAUGUUGUUAGUCUGCUGUUGAAAUCACUGAGUACUCAUAUUAUAGAUAUAUAGAUACUUAGAAGCUGCAGAAUUGAGGAGCGUGCUGUUUCCGUGACAGCUCUUGUUAUAUAGGGGUCAUGACCUAUUUUGGCAACAUGACGUGCAUUUUCCUGGAAAUGUUUAACUUAUUUUUUAAGACCUAAAACCAUAUAAACCAUGGCUUUGAAAUGUCCAGAUAUCUUUGAUACAAUAAGAAUAUUUAAUUUACCCACAAUCCUUAGAGCACACACUUGGCAAGUAUCAAGAAAUUUCACCAGUUCUUUGAUUGGCGAUAUCCAUUAAUUUUCGUAAGCGCUGCUGAUAAUCAGUAUGCACGUGAAAACCACUUGUAUGUCUGUGUUAUUAGCAAUUAUUCUGUUUGUUGAUUUUAAAUGACUAAUUUGAAUAGAUAUUUAUUAAGAUUUAAGAAAUGUUUGAAUAGGUAUGAAAACAUUCUACAUUAAGUCGCAGACUUAUAUUAAGUGCCCAAUAUUGGUAAAAGGAUAUAAUUUACCCACAAUUCUAAAUGUAUCGUAAGUAUCGGUAAAUUCUGAUAGUUAAACCAUUAUUGCAGAUUCAAUACCAGACAAAAGUUUAAAAUAAUCUAUAUAGACAAAGAAAGAAGUCUCAAAUCCAUGGUUUAUAUGUCAGUGACUUUGUCUGCCAUUCAGAUGUAAGUGCCAGUUGUAUUAUGCUUUAUGUUCUUAUUUAAUUAUAAAACAUUCAUAAAUAUUUUGCUUGUUAAAUUUACCUUGUUUUGUUAUCACAUUUCACUAUUUUUCCUCCAGUAUUUAUUGAAUAAAUUAUUCAUGAACACAAA